CCACACCAACUUUUCGGCAAAUGUCAUCACUAUGAAUAAUGGUCUUCGGAGUUUGUCUAUGCUUGGCUUGUCAUUGUCAUUACUAAUGUCAUUUGGCAAUUUUAUUUUGGCAUUAGUGUUUGGUAUUUUGUAUAUCAGGAGUAGGAGUAUCUAAAGCCAAUUUAAAAAGAACAUUAUUCUACCUUUUUCUGCGUUUUUACUAUUUUUUAUAGUAAAAAAUAGUGUUUUAUAGCAACAAGCUAAGUUUCAAGAUCAGAUAACAUGACUAUGCGACCAGAUGAUCACCGUAGAAAAUGGGACAAAGACGAGUUCGAAAGAAUCGCUGCAGAGAGACUACGAGAAGAAAUAGAAGAAGAGGAACGUGCUAAAAAGAAAGCUCCACCAAUCAAACGAGAGCUUCUCAAACAGCGUGAUUACAAAGUUGAUCUCGACUCAAAACUUGGAAAGAGCGUUGUCAUCACAAAGAACACUCCAACAUCGCAAUCAGGGGGAUAUUACUGCAAUGUGUGUGAUUGCAUUGUAAAAGACUCUAUUAACUUCCUGGACCACAUCAAUGGCAAGAAACACCAAAGGAAUCUGGGCAUGUCUAUGAAGAUUGAAAGGAGCUCUUUAGAGCAAGUAAAAGCAAGAUUUGCUCUAAAUAAGAGGAAACUAGAGGAUAAGAAAAGGGAAUACGAGCUCGAUUCGCGAUUAAGAGAGGCAGCUGAAGAAGAAACCAGAGUCAAGGAGCUUCGUCGCGAACGUCGCCGGGACAAAAAACGCAAGCUCCAAGAAAUUGAUGAACCUGAAAGUACACCUGCCCAAUCUGAAUUAGCUCAGAUUAUGGGCUUUUCAGGAUUUGGAGCUUCUAAAAAAUAAUAGUACUGUAAUGUGUGCUGCAAUGUUUGUGUAUUACCUCAUAAAAUCAUCUUUGAAUUUUCAAAAACGUAUCAGCACAUACAUUUUUGAAUUUUCGGUUUAAAUUAAAAUAAUUAGUGUUAAUUCUUCUUUGUCUCAUUUUUAUGUUAUCAUAUUUACAUUUUUAAGACUCAAGUUAUUUAUAGGUAAACCCCGAAAUACACUCAUGGACAUCAGAGGCACCACUGGCCACACAAACAAGAGUGUUUAAGAUAAUUCAACCUUUUUUAGCAUUAUGUCCAAGAGUAUGGCAUAAGAACCCAGUACAAAUGUACUUUUGGUUGUCUGAUUUG